AUGGCAGAAGAACAACGAAGACAGAUAGAACAGCUAAUGGGAAGACAUUCGCAACUGCUGUCGGUACGACAUUAUCGUGAUCCUGAUAUGACAUCACCACAAGUGUGUAAAGCAUUUGUCGUUGGUAUUUGUCCACAUGACCUAUUUGUAGGCACCAAAUCUGACUUGGGAAAAUGUCCCAACCUACAUCUUCAAAAACACAAAUUAGAAUACGAAUAUAAGACUAGGAAACUCGGCCAAAGAUUUCCUGAUAUGGAGGCUGAAUAUUUCAAUAUUUUACAAAGAUAUAUACGAGAUCUUGAUAGAACCAUAUCAGUGGCACAGAAACGGUUGGAGCAUACACCAGAGGAAAAAGAGAAAAUUGCCCAGGUUACUAGAGACUUGGAUGAGUUGGAUAUAGAAAUUGGGUUAAUGAUUCAAGAGUUGAAUUAUCUAAUCAAGUUGAAUCAAAGCCAAGAUGAGGAUCAAACUUUGAAAAUCAUUGACUUGUCAAUACAAUUGAAUCAGAAAUCCAAGGAAAGGGAGCUUGCCAGUAAGCAAGCACGUAACGUUAUUGAAAAUGUUGGUCAAACGUCACAGCAAAAAUUGCAGGUGUGUGAUGGAUGUGGUGCUUAUUUGUCACGAUUGGAUAAUGACAGGCGGUUGGCUGAUCAUUUCGUCGGUAAGAUUCAUUUGGGGUACGUUCAAUUGAGACGAGCUUAUGAGGAGAUGAAAAGUAAGCAGAAAUAG